AAACCCAAAAUUUGUAUUCACGCUCGUUUUCCUAAAUGGUGGAAAGAUUGUGAAGUGUGUGGUGCUGAUACUGUGAUAGGCAUGAGUUUCAUUGAAUAUAGGGAUUUAGUGAAAAAUGGUGAUACUGUUUUAAUUUAUUUAAGUAUAUCCAAUAUUUAUGCUUUAAAAAUUACAUCAGGUAAAGUAUUCCAAACAAAAUAUGGAGCUCUCAAACAUGACAGUAUCAUCGGAAAACGCUACGGCAAUGUUGUACAGUGUUCCAGAGGUUGGGCUUACGUACUUUUCCUGACCCCAGAAUUGUGGACUCUUACGUUACCCCAUAGAACGCAGAUUCUUUAUACACCUGACAUUAGUCUUGUGAUAUUGCAGUUAGAUUUAAAGCCUGGGAAAGUUGUUUGCGAAGCAGGUACUGGCAGUGGUUCAUUGUCCCAUGCUCUGGCCAGGACUAUUGCUCCAACUGGUCAACUGUACACAUUUGAUUUUCAUGAGCAGAGGGUGAGCUUAGCUAGAGAGGAAUUCCAAGAACAUGGACUUGGUGACAUUGUAACAGUCCAACAGCGAGAUGUUUGUGCUGAAGGUUUUGGUCUGGAAGACAUUGCUGAUGCUAUGUUUCUUGAUCUUCCACAUCCUUGGGAAGCAAUUCCUUUAAUGAAUGUUUCAUUCAGAUGUUCAGGUGGGCGUCUGUGUUCCUUCUCACCUUGUAUAGAACAGGUACAGAAGACUUGUGAAGCACUGCACACAGGAGGAUUUACUGAUAUUACAACAUUAGAAUGUUUGCUACGUCCAUUUGAAGUAAAAGAAGUUUCUCUCCCACAUCUUCACUUAUCAGAAGAGACACUCAAUAAAACAAGGAAGAUUAGUUUAGAGUCCCAAGAUGGCACCACAGACGUGAAAAAGGAAGAGACAGGAAAAAUUAAUACAAAUUCAUUAGAUGACACCACUGGUGAUGCAGUUUCUUUCUCAAAAUCAAACUCUAAACGAAGUCGGAUUGAGAAAUCAAUGGAAAACGUUUGUGAAGCAGAAUGGGCUGCUGUGCCGAGCUUGCAAAUACCAGGACAUACUGGUUAUUUGACUUUCGCUACUUUUACACAUAGUUAACACUUUCAUGUAAGACUUCACUCCUUUGUGAAAAAAAAAAUGUUUAAUAAAGAUUAUUUAUUGAAA